AAAAAUUAUUUAUGAUUUUAGGCAAUGAAUUAAUAAAUUAUAAAUGAAUUAAUACAAGAGAGAUGGCUGUCUAUUUUGAUUAUCAAAUAAACCCUCUGUAUGAGGAAGGAGAAUACUCUCAUGUAUCAUGGCACAAAAACUUUCCGUUGCUUGCUGUUGCAUUGGAAAAUGCUGGACGAAGUACAGUAUGUUUUCAUUUGGAUGAGGGAGAAUUGGUUGAUGGCUCGACAAUUGAAAAAGAUGUAUCCGUAUCUGUUUUACAAUGGCAUCCCACUCGCAAACUUGUUGCAUCUGGUUGGAAAAAUGGUGACAUCGUAUUGUGGAAUGAGCAUGACAAAGAAGCACAUGAAGCACCACUUGUUCAUAAAUCAGCCAUUACAGAUAUCCAAUGGAACGGCACUGGCUCACGAUUAAUCACAACGGAUGAGGAUGGUUUAUUAUGUGUUUGGAAGAUUGAUCAGCGUGGAAGAUUCCAGCAAUCUCCUAUGUUUCAGCAAGAUGUGUCUUCUCCAAUUGUUCAAAUGAUUUUUAAAGUAACUGUUGGAGCUGAUGUAGCAGCGGAUAUUGCUGCUGCUGCCCGUGCUGCAGUAAGCGGUGAUGAAUCAGCAUUAGACAUGUUUGAAUCGCAAAAAGGGGGACAACAAAGAUUUAGUAUGAGCCAAGCAGAGAGUAUCCAAUUAUUUUUUGGCACAAAAAAUGGUAGCGUUUACUUCCUUGAUGAUCGUGGAAAAUGCAGCAAGUGUUUUCAAAUAGAAGGAGCAGUGAAAUAUCUGUUGUAUUACGAGAGGAAUGAUAUUGUUGUCACCAUCUCUGAAUCUCUUUUACUAACACAACAUGGCACAAAACAAGAUGCUGCAUAUUCUGAAUUAUCAAAGGUUAAACUUAGUGGACAAGCUUCAAAUUUUACGGUCUCCUGGGCUGGUCCAGGACUUAUUGCAACAACAUGUAAAGAACGUGUUGCCAGAGUUUUAGAUAUAGACAGUGAUCAAAAUUUUGUACUAAAUCUUGAUGGGAAUUCGACAUUUCGAAGCGGAGAGUGCAUUAACUGUUUAGCAUACAAUCAUAAGCAAGGCAUACUAGCAGGUGGCACAAAUAGUGGUCAUGUUGCUAUGUGGAAAUACAAUCCUUCAAAAUCUGAUGACCAUCCCUGGGAACUGCAGCCACCAUCAGAAAUCGAAGGAAACAUUUCGCAACUUAAGUGGGGAGCAAAUUGUGGUGUACUUGCUGUGAAUACCAACACAAGUGUGACAAUACUUAGCCAGUCUGUCAUGAACUUUCAUUUCAACGACAAGGUAGCAGCAGUGCAAGUGAAUCCCAACCACCUUUCUGUUCAGUCUUUUCCUUCUGGUCAUGUAACUGAUUUAAAGACCGACGUACAUAUUAAAGGAGUUUUUUGUAACAAGAGUCAUACCGCUAUUUGGAAUGGUAAAAAGGUAGCAGUAUAUGAAGUAUCUGAAAGCAAAUCACUUGUUCGAUCUGCAGGUUCAUUUAACUCUGAUGCACAGAAAAUGGCAUUGCAUGAAUUAAAUGUAUAUCUCAUUGAACCAGAAAAGGUUACUGUCAGAACCUUUCAGGGAACUGUAAAACAAGAGCUGACAUUCUUAGAACAAGAAGGAGAUCCUGUUGAUUUAAAUAUCUGCAAAGAUUUUCUGGCUGUUGCUACAACUAAGUCGUCUUUAAAAAUAUAUAAUCUGUCAAGAAGAGAAGCUCGUCAGAUAAGCAGCACAAAAUAUUUAGAAGAUUCUGUACCAAAUUUUGGUCAUAUUCAAAGCAUCAAAUGCAACUGCAAUGGUAGUAAAGUAGCUAUAAUAUCACAUAUUAAUAAUCAGACUGUAUCGCCUAUCUUGUAUGUGUGGGAUGUUGAGAGUGACACUAUACAAUCUUUUAAUUUUGCAACUGGUACCGGCAGUGACACUUUAGAUGACGAUUUAGCAAUCACGCAACAGCGUUUAACAUCAACUUUAAAAGGAUAUGUUCCAAAAACUGUCUUUUGGGAUUCAACUGAACCCAACUUAUUUGUGUGCGAGACAAAGAAGAUGACAAUACAAAAGAAAAACUCUAUGUUUAAAUCUGAAAGCAAUAGCGGUACAGACAAUACUGCACUGGUUGUGACUAUGUUUAGUACUCUGGAUUUUGGUAUUAUUGUACAAGAUCAUUUCUUCAUAGAUAAAAAUUGCUCAGCCCUUAUUGGUCUCGAUAUCCCAUAUCAUUAUUUUGUUAAUUCGGCCAAUGAAGAAUUGCAGGCUGAUGAAAGUAAAGAGCAAGUGAUUCGGAAACCUCUUCGUGAUUUUGCUGGGCUGGAAGGUGCUGAUGAUGGAGUUAUUAAAGCCAUGGCGAAUUUCAGUUACUUGUCGGCUAUUGGGAACAUGGAUGAAGCAUUUAAGGCUAUUAAAGCGAUAAAAAGUUUAGACUUUAGUGAGUUAGAGUUGGAUGUUUUCUUCUUAGAAGAAUACUUUGAAGUAAGAAAAGAGAUUGAAUCAAGUGGAUCUGUUUGGGAAAAUAUGGCCAGAAUGUGCGUGAAAACCAAGCGUUUGGAUGUCGCUUUGGUUUGCCUGGGUAACAUGGGAAAUGCUGCAGGUGCAAAAGCUGUGCGAGAAUGCCAAGCACAGGAACCUGAGAUAAACGCACAUGUCGCAAUGCUGGCUAUCCAAGUGGGAUUAUACGAUGAAGCGGAUGAGCUUUAUAGAGCUUGCAACAGAUAUGAUCUGCUCAAUGAAUUGUACCAAGCAUCCAACCAAUGGCAAAAGGCGAUCGAGUGCGCAGAGACAAGUGACAGGAUACAUCUUCGUACUACUUAUUAUAAUUAUGGAAAGUACUUAGAAUCGAUUGGAGAUGAAAGCGGAGCUAUUGAACACUAUGAACGAUCAGACACAAACCGCUACGAAGUGCCACGAAUGAUGUUUGAAGAAGGAGAGCAUGAAAAACUGGAGAAUUAUAUAAACAAAAAUAAAGAUAAAACGUUACACAAAUGGUGGGCGCAAUAUAUGGAAAGUAUCGGUGAAAUGGAAUCUGCUCUACACUACUAUGAAAUGUCGCAAGACUAUCUAUCCAUGGUUCGCGUUCACUGCUUCUGCGACAACAUGAAACGUGCUGCAGAGAUUUGCAACGACACUGGCGAUAAAGCCGCAUCUUAUCACUUGGCUAGGCAAUGCGAUUCAAAUGGCGACAUUAAAAAUGCAAUACAUUACUUCUCACGGGCGCAUGCGUAUUCGAACGCUAUCCGCUUAGCAAAGGAGAACGAGUUAGAUCAAGAAUUGAUGAAUCUUGCAUUGCUGAGCACGCCACAAGAUAUGCUAGACUGCGCCCGAUAUUUUGAAGGGAAGGAAGGGAUGGAGGACAAAGCAGUGAUGCUGUAUCACAAGGGCGGCAGUGCUUCUAAAGCUAUUGAUCUCGCCUUCAAAACCGAACAGUUCGGCGCCCUUCAACUGAUCUCAGAAGAUUUGGAUGAAUCUGCUGAUCCUACAGUGUUAAAGAAAUGUGCUGAAUUUUUUAUCGAGCAUGAUCAAUUCGAUAAAGCUGUUAAUUUACUUGUGGUUUCUGGACAGACUGAAGAAGCCAUACAAAUGUGUCUUGAACAUCACAUUCCCAUCACUGAAGAUCUCGCUGAGAAAAUGUCGUUACCCAAGGAUCAUCCUGACUCCAAGCGUCGCGUGUUGGUGUUGGAGAAGUUAGCGGAGUGCGCCUACAGGCAGGGAUCGUAUCAUAUUGCUACGAAGAAAUUCACACAAGCUGGUAAUAAAAUGAAGGCAAUGAAGUCUCUUUUAAAAUCUGGAGAUACGGAGAAAAUUAUUUUUUUCGCUGGUGUAUCGAGACAAAAAGAGAUCUACGUUAUGGCAGCUAAUUAUUUACAGUCGUUGGAUUGGCGUGCUGAUACCGACAUUAUGAAGCAUAUUAUUGGUUUUUACACAAAGGGGCGCGCUUUAGAGACUUUGUCUUCGUUUUAUGACGCAUGCGCACAGAUUGAAAUUCAAGAAUAUCAGAAUUACGACAAAGCUUUCGGAGCACUUACUGAGGCGUACAAAAGUUUAGCAAAAGCCAAAGUGAAAAACACGAAGCAACAGGAGGAGCAGCUUAACAAUAUUAAAACUCGAGUUACUAUUGUAAAGAAGUUCAUCCAAGCUAAGAAAAUUUACCAAGACAGUCCAGAAGAAGCAAUUCAGUCAUUAGAACUUCUUAUAAACGAUCCUGAUACUGAAAUGUCCAUACGUAUCGGUGAUGUGUACUCGCCUGUCAUACAACACAAUGCGGCUGCACAGAACUACAACAAGGCGUACGAACUAAUCGAAGAUAUGCGAAACCGUUACCCGACGUUGAAACUUCAUCAUUACGUAAGUAUGGGCGUAUUGGAGAAAAUACACAAGGCAGUGGGCGUUCCUCUACAUGAGGCUCGAAACGGAAUGAUGGAUGAUGACGAUGAUGAAGAGCAGGAGGUAAUGGAGGAGGAGAUUGUUGAAGAUGAUGAUGAUGACGAAUAUAUAUAAACGCUUCUUAAAUUUUCAUAUUCACCCUUUUUAUGCGCUCGAAUUAUAACUCCUUAUUGACGUCACUUUCCAAAUGCAUGAAGUCAAACUUGUAAUCAAUUACCCCGUUACAAAAAAGGCAAAUAACGCCCCUUGGUAAGGCGUAAAAUGCGCCCUCAUUUUUGCUUGAUGUAGCAACUAUGGUUUUACUUACUAAGGAUUCGUGAGUUUGAAGAUUUUGAAGGUUUUCCGUGAUGAUUUACUACGAACGAUAGUAGUAGAACGAAGAUUUUGGUUCUUUUUGGCCUUAUUGAGUGUCUCAUUUCACAAAAGUUCAUUUUUCAAAGACUGCAAUAAGCUAGCUACAGCUACUACAUGCUUUUAAGAUCUUAUUUUUAUUAUCCAUAUUUAUUGAACCUCUCCAUUUUUUAUGAAUUGUCAGAAACAUUAAAUUUCUAUCUAUAGCUUCCUGGACCUCCUCAAUCAAUUUUAGGGCUUGAACUUUUUGUUAAAAUUUAACUUGGUAUUGAGAAUUCCUUAAAAACUACCUUAAAAAGUUUAGCAGUGGGAUUUUGUGAUCACCUUGUCGUGCCUAGUCCUCUAUAAUAAUAGAUUUUGCUUGGAAUCAAGCAAAAUCAACUUAAGUCCUGGGACCGAUUUUACACGAUAUUUGUUUUGGUUUACUUAUUAGUGGAUUUAUGAAGAAACUUUUUAAAAAUUAUUUGAUUAUUUAAAAAAGUGAUUUUAUUAGAUGUAAAUGGUGUACAUUUUGUAAAUACAUGUGUAUGUAGUCACGUGUUGUUCCAGUUACGUGAAAUAAAUUUGUCCCUGGGA